GGUGGGUUCUAGCUAAACCCAAAGACGUACAGGUUAAUUGGUGGUCUUGCAUGGCCCUUCGUUCCCUCCGCACUGCGAGGCCCCAGGCCCUCACCGCGAAAGCUUGCCGUCGCGCACGGGUCGCCUUGUACGCGACCGCAACGCCAGCCUCUACGCGAACUUCUGCCAUGCCGCAAUUGUCAGUAAAGGAACGCGCUAAGGCUGCGAUUCUCGGCGGCCUACUCGCAGAUGCCGCGAGCAUGCCUUUACACUGGAUCUACGAUGUGCCCAAGCUCCAGUCCUUGCUAGAAUCCAAGUCCCGCCAGGACACUCCUGAAUUCUUCCCAGAACCUUCUUGUCCAUUUUAUAAGCACCCUUUCGGCUCCUUGAGCCCCUACGGCCAUGAGCUGGUUCCGCUGCUGCAGUCCAUGGCGGAGAACGGGGGCGAACUGGAUGCGGAGAAGUACUCCGAGGCCCUGUACCACUACUUCACGCACACGCAGCCCGAGGCCUACCGCAACAAGAGCGUUCGCAGUGUGGUAGCGGCCUGGGAGGAGGGCCGCCGUGGGACGCAGUGCGGCGAUGAGGCGGACUUCCAGGCAAACUGCUUCGCCAAGGCCUGCAUCCUGGUGGCACGCUACGCCGGCCAGCCACAGCUGCGAGAACGGGUGGAGGCUGCCGUACGAGUGCAGCAGAACAACGAUCAGGCGGUUGCGUACGGCUUUGCAGGGGCGCUGAUCCUUGAGAAGGUGGUGCUGGGUCACUCCGUUUCCGAGGCACUGGAGUGGGCGGCUGCCGAGGGGGUGCUGCCCGGGGACGCCAGUGCGCUGGUUGGGAGGGCGCUGGGCAGCCGCAACGCGCCGCUCAAAGAGCUAACGUACGAGCCAGCUCCCUACAUGGCCGAAAUGGUUUCCAAGCACAUGGCCCUGCGAGACAGCCUGCCGCCCUUCUCACUGGCUGUGUGGUGCAACGGGCCGGCAUGCGGUAACCCGGCCGCCUUCACAAACGUAGCAAUGGCAGCAGCGCACUUUGGCAGCAGCAGCAACAGCUAUGUGGAAGGCGUGCGGGCAAAUAUGGUGGCUGGAGGUGAUAACUGCUCCCGCAGUUUGCUGAUUGGAGCACUUCUAGCGGCCGAGGGCGGGUUGUCCUGCCUGCCGCCGGAUUGGAGCUCCCAGGUGAGCGAGUGGGGCCGCUACGAACAGCUGGUGGACCGCUUGUUGGAGGCCAGGUGACAUGUCGACGACAUGGGUGUCGCUGACGCUCUGAGAGUAAUGCCACAGUAGGAGUUGGAUAAGAGAGAGUCGGCGUCAGUUGAGGGAGAAGAGAGGAAGAUGUGCUGCAAAAGCGUUAAGGUUGAGCGCGACUUGGUAGCGGCCGCCAUUUCCUCAGUUCAAGGAAAAGCAAGGCGCCGCACAGGACGGCUUUUCGAAUGACGAGGGUGCUUUGACAACAUUAUUCAGUGAGUAAUAUCGAACAUAUAAUGUGGAUGCGAUGCAUCGGGUCGAUGAGGGCCAUGUAUGUAUAAUACUUGUAUACCGAACCGGACGGGGGAGGAGCCUCUGAGAGCGUUGACUAAGGUUGCAAAUGUUGACCAGCGCUAACCAACAAGACGCCUCCUGUAAAAGCAAACUGAGC